AUGUCGCGCUCGCCGUCGCCCGGCAGCUCGGCGCAGACACCUGCCGCGCUGCUCGUCUCGCUCCGCGCACUCAGCCGCGCGCCCUCGACGCCGGCCAGCCGCACCGCGCUCGCCGCGCAGCUCGACGCGCUCGCCCACCUCGCCACGUCGCCCGCCGGCGGCCUCUCCACGCACGAGCUGCGCUCGCUCCUCACGCUGGCACUCGAGGCGCGGCCCGCUGCGGCGCGCAAGCUCCUGCGCUGCGCCGUGCCGGCCAAGGGGGCGCGCCUGCGCUGCCGAGACGUAGAGAUCAUCCUCGGCUGCCUGGGCGGCGCGAGGCCGAUUGGAGACGGCAUCGACGGCGAGGAGGAGCGCGGCGAUGUGGAUGCGGGCGAGCAGGCCGCACUGCUGCGUCUGCUGCUCUGCUUCCUCGAGCCGCCUGCCGGUCUGCCGUCCGACAGCGACGGACAGGCCAUUGCGCUCCCGACCUCGUUCCUCACGCCCAAGGCGCGCCAGACGCUCGGCCGCGCAUACGGCAUCCUCUUCCACUUUCUCGACUAUGCCACGCUGCGACCUCACCUAUGUGCUCUGCUCGGUGCUCUGACGCGCAGAGCCCACGUCAAGCCCUACCGCGUGGCGCGUCUCAUGGCCCUGCGCGGCACGAAUCCCACCGACAGCUCCCUCACAAAUCUGCUAGCGGUCUACGCGACGUUCCUGCCUUCCUUGCUCUUCGCGCUGCCGCUGCCCAACAUCAGCGCCAACGUCAAGCACGUCGAUCCCAACUGGCUUGCCUCCGUCCGAGCCACACACUCGUCAGGUGGCGCAGUAGACGCUCCUCCGCCAGGCAAGCGCCCUCGUCUUUCUCUCGCUGCCAGCGUCAACCAAGGCGGCGGCACGCUCGUGCCCCUGCCAAUCUGCACGCCAAUCGGCACGCGUCCUCUCUCCACCGAAGCUCGUUCCUCGAUCGCCUUAGGCUCCAUGCUGCCGCGCUUGCUCCUGCCAGCAAACCUAGCUGCUUCCCUCGCACAUGCUCCCUCGAGGCUAGCGAUCACCGCAAGCGUCGACGCAACGCAUGGCGCACGCGUGGCGCGAUGGGUGCUGGCGAGAUUGCAGGAGGACUGGGAGGCGGGAAGAGAUGCGAGAUGCAGUGAUCUGGCUGAGCUGGCGGCGAGGACUUGGCGCACCACUGGACUGCCGCCGCAGGCGACGCAAUGGGUCACGGAGCGCGUGCGCUGGCAUGCGCUCGCGGGACUCGUGCCAUUGCUGCCGCCAACGGAAUGGGCCGACUUCGACCUGGCAGUCAUGCAGCCGCUCUCCGAGUGCGCAAAGAGCGCAAGGAACGAGCGACAUGCAAAGCCUGAAGAGGUGCUCAGUGCUCUGGCUGCCAUGCUCUCGCGCUGGGGACGCGCAGACUGGGCCAAGCUGCAGCGAGAUGCGGGCAAGGGUCGGCUUGUCUACUAUGAUGCGACGCCCCUGCUGCGCAAGGUGGACUACGAGCAGACGCUGCGCAAUACAGCCCAUGCUGCCGCCGAGCUGGCGAUGUCGUUGAUCGUCAGCCAUCCUACGCUGCGCGUCCAGUCCGCGGCACUGCGCCUCCUCGAGGUCCUCUCCUCGCCCUCUCUCACAGGAACGCACACCUUCCUGCUUCCCUCCUCCUCUCAUCUGCUGCUCCUCAUCCUCUCUCGCGUGGGCGGCAUCAUGCCCCUCUCUCGCGCCUGCGGACUCGUGCAGACCGUCCGCGCCAAGUUCAACGCACACGAGUCAGCGGGCGACUCGAUCAACCUGAGCGAAACGACACGCGAGUACUUCAGUGAGGCGAACAAGGAUCGUCUCAACGAGGCAGUCGUCUUGCUUGCGGACCUGGUGUGGAGGAUCAAGGCGCUUGACACGGUCGAAGCGGGCGCCACGGAUGUGGGCAUCAAGCCCUACCUCGUCAAGCGCCUCCGCGCUCGCUGCGACGAAGCAGGCUGUGAUCUAGCACAGAUCGCCUCCGUCACGCACGGCUCGGCGUUCAUUGCGCUGGCCGAGGCAUAUGCCAACGAGUCGGCGCGCACUGCCAAGCUGCCAGCGCCCGUCGUGAGCGGGCCUGUGACGGCUGGAGCACUGCGCGAUGCACGAAAGGCCGGACUGCCAGCGGUCAGUCUCGUCGACUUCCGCUCCGCCUUCCUCGGAUGGCUCGAGGAGCGCGGCGCCCUCGGCGUCACGGGCCUGCUGCGUGCCACGAUGAGCUCCCUCUCCAAGACGCUGCAGUCGGCAGCGGCUGCCUGACGGCGUUCGCAAAUGCACAAGUGACACGAUGACAUUGAAUGGCCUAGAGGGAUGCUUG